AAAGACACGAAAUAUAAAAAGCAGAAGCAAUACUAUAGGAACAAAAUUAAAAGGGAAUAUUUCCAGCAUCAUUCCUCAAAAUAAUUUCAUUAUUCAAAGCAACAACUUGGUCUUCCAUUUUUUUCUCUUCACUUCAAAAAAUUUAAAACCCCCAAAGAAAAAGAGAAUACAUAAAGACCUCCAACCAGCCCACACAAACUACAACUAACGUUCUUGAACAUCAAAUAGAGAUGAUGAAAGUGGCUUCGCCUCGUGCACAGGAUGAUUCAAUCACGCAGAAAGUUUUUAGGCGAGUCUACAGCAAUUUUAGCUUCUCGACGGUCGACGAUGACUACAACCAUAAUCGUCGGAGAUCAAGAUCGGGUGAUUACGGGAAGGAGAGUUUGAGGAAGAGAGGGUUUGAAGAUAAAGAACAAGUUAUGGAGAUGGAGCAGAUGGGAGCUGAGAGGAUCAAAACUGUUCUUAUUCUGAUGAGUGAUACCGGCGGUGGCCACCGUGCAUCCGCUGAGGCUAUACGUGACGCCUUCAAUAUCGAAUUCGGAGAUGACUACCGGAUAAUCAUAAAAGACGUUUGGAAGGAAUACACAGGAUGGCCACUGAACGACAUGGAGAGACAGUACAAGUUCAUGGUGAAACAUGUUGGUCUUUGGUCAGUCGCGUUUCAUGGUACCUCUCCCAAAUGGAUUCACAGAAGUUAUCUCAGUGCUCUUGCCGCCUAUUAUGCCAAAGAAAUAGAGGCUGGUUUAAUGGAGUAUAAACCAGACAUUAUUAUUAGCGUACAUCCUUUGAUGCAACACAUCCCAUUGUGGGUAAUGAAAAGGCAAGGACUUCAAAAGAAAGUCAUUUUCGUGACGGUUAUCACUGAUCUGAACACUUGCCACCGUACAUGGUUCCAUCAUGGAGUCAGCAGAUGUUACUGCCCAUCCAAAGAGGUUGCAAAGAGAGCAUUAGUAGACGGUCUUGGAGGCUCUCAGAUUCGUGUCUUUGGCUUACCUGUCCGCCCAUCAUUCCCUCGCACUAUUAUCUGCAAGGAUGAUCUAAGGAGAGAGCUUGAAAUAGAUUCGAAUUUACCUGCGGUUCUGUUAAUGGGAGGUGGUGAAGGAAUGGGUCCGGUUCAGAAAACCGCUCAAGCCCUCGGAGAUUCUUUAUAUGACUCUAAAGAAAGAAAACCAAUAGGACAACUGAUUGUCAUAUGCGGCCGGAACAAAACUCUUGCCUCUGCAUUAGCAUCCCAUGAAUGGAAGAUUCCAAUCAAGAUUCGUGGAUUUGAGACACAAAUGGAGAAAUGGAUGGGAGCUUGUGACUGCAUCAUCACAAAGGCCGGUCCAGGUACAAUUGCAGAAGCAUUGAUUUGCGGCCUCCCAAUUAUCCUGAAUGACUAUAUCCCCGGACAGGAAAAAGGCAAUGUACCGUAUGUUGUGGACAAUGGGGCUGGAAUUUUCACUCGAAGUCCUAAAGAAACCGCGAAAACUGUGGCUGGUUGGUUCAGCAGCAAGAAAAACGAAUUAUAUAAAAUGUCAGAGAAUGCUCUUAAGUUGGCGCAGCCCGAGGCAGUGUUCGACAUUGUUAAGGAUUUACAUCAUCUAUCUCAACAGCAGCAACAACGUAUUCAACUUUAUAAUGAUUAUUCCUACUGACCACUUCUACUUUAGCCUUCAUUUUCCUCUUAUUUCAUGAAUCGUUAUGCUUGUAUAUUGUCUAGUGCACUGUCAUUCUUUGAUCAUCUUUUGUAACAUUUAUAUAUGCAUUGUCAUUCUUUAAUCAAUCAU